GUAGUAGGUAUCCAAAGCAGCUCAGUUCGUCCCUGACGGAGUAGAAACCAAUCGAACGAACAACUCUCGGAUUACAUAAAACGGACAUCCGUUUGGUUUAGUGCGCUAAAAUUGGGAUUAUCUAGUUCGACGUCUUGGCCUGCUCUGCUGUUAGAAGAAUGUCUAGUGACGUCUUUCGUUGAAAGCAUCAUUUUGACGAAUCACAGUAAUCGUCUAUCCAUCCGACAACUAGAAAAGAGUACCCAAAGUAAACCGUGUUAGUGAACGAAAUCUGUGCUUCCCUGGCGUAAAAAAAACUACAUUCGAGUCACCCUUCCGCAAUUUGCUGAGCUGAAAAUCCCAGUGACCAGUUCGAAUUCGCUAAAAAUGGUGGCGUUCACCACAGCAAACAGCACUCUACCGAAAAAGAUGGCACCGAAUGCGUCGGUCGAAGUGACCGGUGUUCUUAACGAGAACGAUGCAGACACCGUCGAUGGAGGCCUGUCGAAGGAUAUUGCCCCCCUGAAGCGAGCCGAGAAGCGCAAAAUCAAAGUCGUGUGGCGAAAUGUCAUCGCCUUUGGAUAUCUACACCUGGCUGCCGUGUACGGCCUCUGGCUGUUGUUGACCUCGGCCAGGCUGUACACCGUCGGUUUCGCAUUCCUGCUAUACGUCGUGUCCGGACUCGGAAUUACGGCCGGUGCUCACCGCCUAUGGGCCCAUCGCUCGUACAAAGCCAAGCUGCCGCUGCGGAUCAUUCUGUGCGUGUUCAACACCAUCGCAUUCCAGGACUGCGCCCUGCACUGGGCUCGGGAUCAUCGCGUCCAUCACAAGUAUUCGGAGACGGAUGCCGAUCCCCACAAUGCGACCCGUGGGUUCUUCUUCUCGCACAUUGGCUGGCUGCUGUGCCGGAAGCACCCCGAAGUCGUCGCCAAGGGCCGCCAGCUGGACAUUUCCGAUCUGAUGAGCGAUCCGGUGCUGCGGUUCCAGAGGAAAUACUACAUGAUCCUCAUGCCCCUAUUGUGCUUUAUCCUGCCCACCAUGGCCCCAGUCUACUUCUGGAACGAAACCUGGACUAACGCAUGGUUCGUCGCCACACUGUUCCGCUGGACCUUCAUUCUGAAUGCCACCUGGUUGGUGAACAGCGCCGCUCACAAGUGGGGACAUCGCCCCUAUGACCGCACCAUCAACCCAUCGGAGAACAAAACGGUGGCCACAUUCGCCUUCGGCGAGGGCUGGCACAACUACCAUCACGUGUUCCCCUGGGACUACAAGACUGCCGAACUGGGCAACUACCGGCUGAACUUUACUACCGCUUUCAUCGAUUUCUUCGCCAAGAUCGGAUGGGCGUACGAUCUGAAGACGGUUUCCAACGAGAUCAUCGAGAGGCGAGUCAAGCGGACGGGAGACGGUUCGCAUGCCACCUGGGGCUGGGGCGACAAGGAUCAGGACAAGAUCGAGAUCGAGCACGCCAAUAUCCUCAACCGGAAGGAUGAGUAAUGAGGUCGAGGAGAAACAGGGCUUAAACGCCUAGGACCAAGGAUAACCUUAGUACCACGUGGCGUGGCCUGCGAAUGAGGGAGCGAACGAGGAAGAAAGAAAGAGACAGAGAGCGCGCGUAUUUUAUUAUCCUCUAUAUGGGAACUCACGUGAUUUUUUUUAUUGAAUAAGUAAUGUCUCCCGUCGAAAAUGGAUCCCAUUUUGCAAAAGACGCUGGAGACCUCACGAAAAACCAGGACUUUGAGGAGUUGAGUAGUUGAUUCGAAUGAUUUUUUAUGUUUUAGGCUGCAAAGAGGCCCUAAUCGCAUAUUCAUGAGUAAAAUGAACUUUAAUCAAUGUCCAAACCGAAGUAAAAUCAAAUCGUAUGUGUGUAUAUGUAUUAAACACAUAUAAAAAUGCAAACCAACUGAUUCAGGUGUGUUAGGAUCUAAUACAUAGAAUGAACUAUACUGUUACUGUUAGGAACUAACAAUAAAAUAUAAAAAGAAAAUUGCACUUAAAUUUUUAAUGACACUUUCCGGAUCUGAUUCGGCUAUUACAUUUGGGUGAUCUAUAUUUUGAAAAUAAUUUGUUCGUUCAAAUACCCUGCAAUCACGAUAGCAGUGCUCUUUUGAUUAAUUUGGCCCUUCUAGAUGGUAGGAACCCAGGAACAAAAGUAGAGAUGGUCGAUACUUCAACUAUAGUUCUAGUAACAAACUUACUCCCGACCAUAUUUAGCUUUAGCUUGUGUAAUUUAUUGUUUAGAGCCAAGAUGAUUCAAGAUGCUGUGAAAAUAGUGACAAAUAGACGACGCUCAGGCAGUGUCAAAAAGGAAAGAUGGAAAACCAGAGUUUCUUUAUUUCAUGGGAUAACGUUGUUCAAAGAAUGUCCAUUCGUUUCGUUUUCAGAUUGAUUAGCAGAAGUAUGGUAGAAAAGAAAGAAAACAUUGGCAAUGGAGUGAGACUGAUGAGAAUAAAAUUCAAAUUUCGAUACUAGGUAGGGAUUUUUGAUGGGAUGUUUUAGACACAAUGGGGAAGGUUUUUGGAAUGCUUGUUAGGCAAUAUUUAAUCAUCGAAAAUCUCCCACCUUUCAUAGCCAAGCGAUAAACUCUUCAUAUUCCGGAUCAGCUACAGCUCAUGCUACUACGGCUACUCGAAUUUAUCUUCUUCGUCUUGGGAGUAACAAAGACAAAAAAUAAUAAAACCACAUGUUCCUUACUAUGGCACAGAUGAAACAAUAAUUAAAUUAUUUAGAAAAUAUAUCCUUGCCUAAUAGUAAACCAAACCACAUGAAACGGCAAGUGUUUCGUAUGAAGAGGUACUUUGUUCAUAGAACAAGCCAAAAUCAGUCAUCCAAUUCAUUAUCGAUCUUAUAAAUGGAACAUUAACAAUAGAAAAAUAUAAAAUUGUUUCCACUUUGAUAUCUAUUUCUAAAAUAAGAGGUCUAUUGUGCACGUUGAAUUGAACAAUCAAUCCAUAAAAACUUAAGAUGAUCGUCUGUACAAUUUAUCUCGCAUAAUAAACAUCAUAUUUUUGUUAAAAUUUUCAACCUUGUUUAACUAAAAAAAAAAUUAUAUUAACUUCAAAAACUUCUCCACACUACUUCAAACAAAAUGAAACUGUUAAUAUGAUCGGGAGACAAAGAAAGGAACACAUACAAAACGAAAAAGUACCCUAAAUUCUUACUGUAGUACCCCGAUGAUGAGGGAUUUCAAUGUGUAAUCUGAUGUUGAUGUCUCAAGCAUAUGAAAUUGAAAAAA